CGCAAAAGGAUUGCGUACGGGACGGGGUUAAUUCGAAAUCCUAAUCCGACUCCGAUGCGAUUACCCCUGCCUCAAACCUUCCCCCACCCGCCUCCGCCUAUAUUAGGUUCGCGAGUCGUCGUCAUCGUCAUCAUCACCUCUCUAAUUCACAUCAAAAGCUCUGGAGCCAUCAUGGCAAACGUCUACGAUUCUCAAGCGCUUGGCCCACACAAGCUGGUCUUCUUCUCCGAGAUCGUGGCCUCGCCGCCGUCAUCCGCCGCGCCGGCCGUCACGCUCCGGCUGCUUGUCCUGAUGGCCUACCGCUCGUCGUACGGUGACGACGACGACGACGACGGCGGCGGCGACGUGGACACGAUGGAGGACGUUUCCUGCCGCGUGCCGCUCCGCGACCUGACGAUGGCGCGUGGCGGCGACGGCGACGAUGUUGGCGCUGUGCGGGCGGCGGCGGCGGAGCGGGCGUUCGGGGAGCUGGUGGCCGGCCUCGAGCACCCGACGCUGCGCCCGGAGGUCGAGACGGAGGUCCCCAGGGCGGCGGCGCGCGUCCUGGCGCGGUGCGAGGGCCGCGCGGAGGAGGAGGUCGCCGAGCUCGAGAUCCGCAUGCACGUCGUGCUCAUCGCGCACGACGCGCCGCGGGAGGAGGGUGACGGCGAGGACGACGAGAGCGGCAGCGACAUGGAUUUCAGCGACGUGUGCGGCAGAAGGGGCGACUGGGGCGACGGCGACGACGCCGACGCCUUCCUCAGCGACGACGAUGACGACGAGGGGGCGCAGUUCGCGGCGCGCCCGUACGGCGGCGCCAUGCUGCGGGAGGGCGGGCCGAGCGACGGCACGCUGCUGCUGUCGGGGUUCGCGACGCGCUCCGACGGGCCGGAGCUCGACGACCAGCUCGAGCUGACGCCGCGGGACAUCCGCCGCCUGGUGCGCAUGGCGCUGAAGGGCAAGAACGUGGAGCGCGACGAGGCCUACCAGCGGGCGCUCGACGGCGGCACGCCUGUGUCGCCGGAAUCGCUCGCCGCGAUGCUCGACCAGGCGCUGCAGUCCGUGCGCCAGCAGCCGCCGCAGCAGCAGCAGAACUGCCAGAACACGACGCGAGACGGCGGCGUGGUUCGCCGGAUGCACACGGGAUUCUGACGCCGAUCGAUCGAUCGAUCCACCGCCCGGGAUGAGGCGCGAGCGAUGCGACGCCAACUAGUUUUGGUUUUGAAUGUUACUGUCCCAAUUUUUUGGGGGUCAGGCUGAGUCAAUCUACUAUUGUAUUGCGAGAGCUCUGAUUUCGUCAGAUCUACUAUAUUUGAGUUGGUUGUAGGAAUUUCAGUUGGUUGUAAGCAAAUACGCAAGCCUUGUUCAGGUUCAAUAAUUCAAAUCUAUGUCAAGCGCUUCCAAACAUUGUUCAUUACGAAUAUUGACCAUGCUUGCAAUGCAUUUUCAAGACCACAAA